AUGGUGAACGAGUCAUCCUCGCUGGCGCUCCCAACAUCGAUGCUGUCGUUGCUGCCUCGCGCUUGCUUGUUCAUCGUCGCCGUCAGCAAAUCAGUCAAAACGGCUCGGUUGGGGCCGCCAGCGAGGGUGGAGCUGGCCGCCAUCGACCCUGCUUUUGCUGACGGCGACGAUGAACAAACGCGAGGCAGCGACGACAGCAUCGACGGGGAGCGGUGGCGGCAGCUCGAGGGGAAGCGAUAUCGGGGGCUCCAGGGGAAGUGGCAGCGACGUCGCGUUGGUAGGGGCGCCGGGGUCGGCGAAGACCCUCCAGGCGCUGCAGAAGUCUAUCGACCGCGACCGCACCAAAAGGUAUGAGAAGUGGCCGGCGAGCCUGCUGAGAGAGGCGCGUGCUCGUUGCGGAAAACCAUGGGCUUCGUCAAGGAGAAAGACACCGAGAAGAUGGGUAGCAGGUUGACGCGAGUCGACCGCCUGAUGGAGAGGAGCAGCCCUUUCUUCGCGGAUCUGGAAGACAAGGCCGCAGGCUGAACGCCAGCCUCCCAGCCACCCGCGUCGGUGAAGG